AUGGCGGCGCUGCGCGGGCGGGCGCUGCUGGCCCCGCUCGGAGCGCGGCUCAGGGCCGGGCCCCGCGCCCCGCUCCGCUCCGCCGCCUCCAGCCCGCCGCUCUACGAUGUGGUGGUGUCGGGCGGGGGCAUGGUCGGGAGCGCCAUGGCCGCCGUGCUGGGGCAUGACAUCCACUUCCAUGAUAAAAAGAUUGCUUUGCUGGAGGCUGGUCCUAGGAAAGAAUAUGAUCACAUGCCAGACAGUUACAGCAACAGGGUCAGUUCCAUCUCCCCAGGAUCAGCAACCCUCCUAAGCAGUUGUGGUGCCUGGGAUCACGUCUGCAGCCUGAGACUCAAACCCUUCCGGCGAAUGCAGGUGUGGGAUGCUUGUUCAGAAGCCAUGAUCGUUUUUGAGAAAGAUGACUUAGAUGACAUGGGUUACAUAGUGGAGAAUGAUGUCAUUAUGUCUGCUCUCACAAAACAGUUAGAUGCAGUAGCAGACCGCGUGGAGGUCUUCUACAGGAGCAAAGCAGUUGGGUACACCUGGCCCCUUCCUUCCCAUGGCUGUGACACAAGCCCUUGGGUCCAAGUUGAGUUAGCUGAUGGACGCAGACUUCAGACCAAGCUGCUGAUUGGUGCAGAUGGUCAUAACUCUAUGGUCCGGAAAGAAGCUGAAAUUAAGAACAUUGAACAUCAGUAUGACCAGUCAGCUGUGGUGGCAACUCUCCAUUUAUCUGAGGCCACAGACAACAAUGUAGCAUGGCAGCGGUUCCUUCCCACCGGGCCAAUUGCGCUUCUUCCGCUGUCUGACACUGCCAGCUCUCUGGUCUGGUCUACAUCUCAUGACCAUGCAUCGGAACUUCUUGCCAUGGAUGAGGAAAGCUUUGUGGAUAGCAUCAACUCUGCCUUUUGGAGCAACAUAAACCACUCUGACUUCAUUGACACUGCCGGGGCCAUGUUUCGUUCUGCCAUUUCGCUGCUGAAGCCCUCGGGGACUGCAGUCCGUCAGCUGCCCCCGAGCGUUGCUGGCGUGGAUGCAGAGAGCAGAGCCACGUUCCCCCUGGGGCUGGGCCACGCCACAGAGUACGUCCGGCCCCGCGUGGCUCUCAUCGGGGAUGCAGCACACAGAGUCCACCCACUUGCAGGACAAGGAGUGAACCUGGGCUUUGGUGAUAUUGCAUGUUUAGCUCAUCACCUCAGUGCAGCAGCCUUCAACGGGAGCGAUCUGGGCUCCUUAAAACACCUCCUCAAGUUUGAAACAGAACGUCAGAGGCAUAAUGUCUCCUUGUUAGCUGCUACUGAUAUGCUAAAAAGGCUGUACUCUACCACACUGGCUCCUCUGGUGUUGCUGAGGACAUGGGGAUUGCAAGCAACAAAUGCCCUGCCUCCUGUCAAAGAGCAAAUAAUGGCUUUUGCCAGCAAGUGAUCUGUUGUCAGUCUGCCUGUCAGCAGCUUGCCAAUGAAUGCAUUGCCUUUAAAAGGACUGUGACUUACUUGAAUCUUUGAAUUUUUAUUUUAAUUUACAAUAAAAUUGAGGGAUUGAGCUGUGUAUUA